UCCCCAUCCCAGAUUCGCAGUACAGAUUGAUAGAAACAGAAUCGCGAAAACCUUUGGAAAUACUUCACAGAGAUCUUCUCAGUCCCGGCCACCGUCACCGGUCCAUUUUCCUACCUCCGUCUUCACCAUCAAAGAUCGCUGCUCGCUUCUUCUUGCAAAUCGUAACCUUAAUCUGCUUCUCUGAUCUCAAUUUUUCAGCUCUCUUGCACAGUUGAAGUAAAACAAAGCUGAGUGAGCUCUAACAAUGGCCCCUGUUGCUCCUCGAUCUGGCGAUGCGAUAUUUGCUAACAUCGAACGCGUUAAUGCAGAACUGUUUACUCUGACAUAUGGGGCAAUUGUGCGUCAAUUGCUUACAGAUCUGGAAGAGGUUGAGGAAGUCAACAAGCAACUAGAUCAAAUGGGUUAUAACAUUGGAAUCCGUUUGAUUGAUGAGUUUUUGGCUAAAUCUAAUGUCUCAAGGUGUGUCGAUUUCAGAGAGACGGCUGAGGUGAUUGCAAAGGUUGGUUUUAAAAUGUUCCUUGGUGUUACUGCAUCCGUGACCAAUUGGGAUGCUGAAGGGACGUGUUGUAGCAUUGUUUUGGAGGAUAAUCCUUUGGUAGACUUUGUUGAGCUUCCUGACAACUGUCAAGGUCUGUACUACUGCAACAUAUUGAGUGGAGUCAUCAGAGGAGCCUUAGAUAUGGUGUCAAUGAAGGCUGAGGUCACUUGGCUACGUGACGCGCUUCGAGGAGAUGAUGUGUUUGAGUUGCAAGUAAAACUUCUCAAGCAAGUUCCAGAAGAGUAUCCAUAUAAGGAUGACGAGUAAUAUUCUGUUGUCAUAUUGUACUUCAUCAUUUCCGAAGUAUUAGUUUAUUAUAUUUCUGCCUGGUGUGCAUUUUGAUGAAAUUAAAAGUACAAUAGAAAAUCUUCAAUUAAAUCAUUAUGAUAUUGGCUUUGACAGCGGACUAGGAUCUAUCCUUACUUCUGAGAGCUCUUUAGAUUCUUAAAACUGAUCUUAUGGGCCUGAGGGAGAUGUUAAAUAUCAGCAUACUAUCAGUUCACAUAUAUAUUUGAAUCCCCUGCUCCUGUGAA